CUGCUAUAAGCUCGUGGGAGGCACACGCGGUUUCCUCUUUCUUGCCUCCCCAAGAUGGCGCCGAAAGCCAAGAAGGAGGCUGUCCCAGCGAAGACUGAGGCAAAAUCCAAAGCCCUGAAGGCUAAAAAGGCGGUCUUGAAAGGUGUCCAUAGUCACACCAAGAAAAAAAUUCGGACGUCACCCACCUUCCGGAGGCCCAAAACCUUGCGGUUACGGAGGCAGCCCAAGUAUCCGCGGAAGAGUGCACCGAGAAGGAACAAGCUCGACCACUAUGCCAUCAUUAAGUUCCCACUGACUACAGAAUCAGCCAUGAAAAAGAUCGAGGACAACAACACGCUGGUCUUCAUUGUGGAUGUGAAAGCAAAUAAGCACCAAAUCAAGCAGGCAGUCAAGAAAUUGUAUGACAUUGACGUGGCCAAGGUCAACACAUUGAUUCGGCCUGAUGGUGAGAAAAAAGCUUAUGUCCGUCUUGCUCCAGAUUAUGAUGCGCUAGAUGUUGCCAACAAGAUUGGGAUCAUCUAAGCAGAGUAUUGUCAGAGCUGUACAAUAGAAUUGCACAAUAAACAGAUAUUACUACCA